UGUAGGUUUGUAGGUUUUUUGCGCAAACUUUUGAAGGCUCCCGGUUGCGAACCGAACUUACCUACAGACGAUAGAAAUCCAAAGUUGCGAGUGCGAACGGAAAGACGUCGUCGUCGUCGUCAGUAGGUCCCCUUAUUUUUCGCAAAUCCCCCAAAAGUCUAUUAUUAAAAGAUUUGAUCCUGCUGACAGAGACGAACGAGCGAGACACAGGUGACAGUGACGACGGGGGGAAAGAAAGUAAAAAAGAGAGCUUUGACAGUGAGUUGCCCGCCCGCCCGGACGGGAUGAACAUGUCAAUCGGCAAAUGUCAUGCAUCUCAGCGCCCGCAUCUCUUUUGCCUUGCCAGUCAAAGAGGUCCAACACUUCCACUACUCAGCUUACGCAUCUUCUUUCCCCCGGGGUUCGGUUGACGAUGAUGUCGAUCACACUACCCCGUCCCCCCCAUUUGCAUUUGUUGAUUCACUGCACUUUUGAACAGCCAACGAAUAGGCGUACGCUAGUUACGGAGCUUUGGUUGGAAUGAACCUCUGAAGCCUUGUGCUUGCAUCAAAUGCCCGUUAUGUUUUUCGAUUUUUCAAUCUUGCCCUCUUUUAGGGGUAUGCUGCGAGACUACACAUGCUUACGGCGGUGACGGCGGGUGGACGGCGGCGCCCAUUUGGAAAAAAGAGAGUUGUAACUUGUAAGACAAGAAGGUGGACGGAAAAGCGUAGUGAAGAAUGGAAAAAGGGCAUCCGUAAGGUAGGCGUGGACGGCGUGAACGAUGCCACGCGAUACGCGAUACGCCUUAUUCGGUGGUGCAACGCUAGAUCACCAGACCCCCGGGGAAAAGGAGGAGGCGUGUGGGAGGUUCGUCGUCGUCGUCGUCGUCGUCGUCGUCGACGACACCGGAUUGUCUACUACACAAUCUACUAUCUAACCGCCCGUAGCUAGCAAGUUCAG